AUGCGUUGCGCCGUCUGUGCUGAUGCGGGCUUGUCGUCGGGGCACAUAAUGGGGAGCAACAGCUGUUGCCCCCCUUCUGUUAAAGGAGGAAAUGACCCCCAGCCGCGGGCCACAAAGCCGCAUCAAAAUGGGCGCAUCGUUGGUGGAUCCAUCACGAACAUCGCAACUUACCCAUUCAUGGCCAGCUUGAGAUUCUACUUUAAUCAGGGUUACUGGCACGGCUGUGGUGGAGUUCUCGUCACGAACACAGCUGUGCUGUCUACUGCUUCUUGUCUUAGAGAAGGAGUCCCACACGAGUGGCAAGUGCGGCUAGGAUCCCACAUGUUAAUGUCCGGCGGUACCUUGAUCUAUGUCCAGGCAUUUAUCCCGCACAGUAACUUUGACAUAAGAUUGCUCAAAGAUGACAUCCAAGUCAUCAAGCUAAGAAGCGCCGCGCCGCUCUCUAACACCCUCAAUAUCGCCCGGAUCGCAGGACCUAAUUAUGCACUCCCCGAUGGCCUGCGGGUCUACACUGCUGGAUGGGGUAUCACUGCACCAUUUAGCGGUUUAUCGUUAGAGCUGAGACAUGUGGAUGUCCGUGUGAUAAAUCAUGCUCUCUGCACGAGUCGCUAUGCUGAUCUCGCGACCCAGGAACAUUUUGAAACAAUACCACCCGUGGGGCCUGGACACUUGUGCACCGGCCUGCUCGACAUCGGUGGUCAGGACGCUUGCAGUGGCGAUGACGGUGGCCCCGUCAUACACAAACCAGAUGUCUUAGUUGGACUUACAGCCUGGGCCUUCGGUUGUGCAAAGCCACAUCAAAAUGGGCGCAUCGUUGGUGGAUCCAUUACGAACAUCGCAACAUACCCAUUCAUGGCCAGCUUGAGAUUCAAAUACUAUAAUCAGGAUUACCGGCACGCCUGUGGUGGUGUCCUCGUCACGAACACAGCUCUGCUGUCCACUGCUUCUUGUCUGUACAAUCAAGUAGAAGUCCCACACGAAUGGCAAGCGCGGCUCGGAUCCGACAGGUUAUUGACCGGCGGUAUCUCGAUCUUUGUCCGUGAAUUUAUCCCGCACAGUAACUUUAACAUCAUACUGCUUAGAGACGACAUCCAAGUCAUCAAGCUCAGAAGCGCCGCGCCGCUCUCUAGCACCAUCAAUAUCGCCCGGAUCGCAGGACCUAAUUAUGCACUCCCUGAUGGCCUGCAAGUCUACACUGCUGGAUGGGGUAUCACUUCACAACAUAGCGGUUUUUCGAACGAGCUGAGACAUGUGGAUGUACGCAUCAUAAAUCAUGAUCUCUGCACGAGUCGCUAUGCUGAUCUCGCGACUCAGGAGCACUUUGAAACAGUACCUCCCGUGGGGCCUGGACACUUGUGCACCGGACUGCUGGACAUCGGUGGUCAGGACGCUUGCAAUGGCGAUGACGGUGGCCCCGUCAUACACAAACCAGAUGUCUUAGUUGGACUUACAGGGUGGGCCAUCAGUUGUGGUGACGCCUAUUAUCCACGAAAGAAUACCAGGGUACCAUCUUACUCUGAUUGGAUAGUUCAAAAUACUCAGUAA